AUGAGUGCACGUGAUGGCUUAACUCGUCCAAGAAUUGAAAUUCAACCAGAUUGGUUUGACUAUGUUCAGAAUAAACAAUUACCUGUUGAUGUGUAUGUGAAUUUCAAACCUGGGAGCAUACACUUAGAUUUAACACGUGCACAACAAGAUUUACAUGCUCUAUUGUUAAUCAAAACUCCAAAUAGAAAUGAAUCGACUAUAUAUGAAACAUCAGUUUCUGAUCAUUUUGAAACAAGUCAUAUUGAACAUGAUGAAAUAUCCAUAAAACUCAAAGAUUCAGUAAUAAGACAUACAUUUAAAGGUCCAAAGAGAAUGUUUAAACCAUUCUAUGAUAGUUGUAAAGAAAAUAAGACGGAUACCUCGCCUCUUAUAAAUAUACCAGAACUAAAAAAUCUUCCAUCAGUUUCAACAUCAAAUAUUCAUCCAAAUUGUCUAGAUAUUAAUCAAGACGGACUCGGCUUAGUAGGAUUAAAUGAUGGAACGAUAAAUAUAUUCAAUAAUGACAAUGGUGAUAUCCAUCAUACAUUGAAGGGCCAUGCUCAAGAUGUAUAUACAGCUCGUUUCUUUCCAUCUAAUCAUUUGAUAUUGUCUGGAGGUGGUGACUUUCUUGUGAAAAUUUGGUCAUUGGAAAAUGAUGGUGAAUGUCGAGAAACAUUAACAGGUCAUACAUCAAAAAUUAACGAUUUAGCAAUUAUUGGUAAUGGUGAACAAGUCGUAAGUAUAUCGGACGAUGGUUCGGCACGAUUGUGGAAUUUGUCCAACGAACCUAAUAAAACCGUUAGGACAAUUUGUCAAUUAGAUAAGGGAAUUAAUAAUUGUUCUUUAUUUGAAUCAACUCUGGCAUGUGCAUGUGCAGAUGGUUAUGUUAGAACGUAUGAUAUCAAUCAAAAUAACAUAAAAGCAACAUCGGAAUUAAAAAUAGAUGGUGCUGUCAAUUGUGUAUGUUAUAAAUCUGAUUAUAUGAUUUGUGGGACGGAACAGGGUAUAAUUAAUGUUUACGAUGUAAGACAAACAAAUUCUGUUGUACAUUCAUGGAAAGAAUUAAGAUCAAAAAUAACAUCGUUAACACAACUGGAUGAUGAUGGUGGUCUUUUAGUAACAACUGGAGAUGGUUCAACAUUUUACCAUUCUAGAGAAAUGUUACAAGUAACAAAUAUUGAAGUCGAGACGGAUCAUUCAAUGCUCUAUGAUGUUGUAGAUUAUACAGGACCGAAAGAUGAUAUAGUGUUGAAUGCGUGUGUUGAUAAAAAUAACAACAUUUACACGGUGGCUGGUGAUGGUUAUGUACGUAUUUACGAUAAAGUUCAAGCGAAAAAGUAA